AUGGCCGCGGCGGGGCCGCUGGACUCGCGCAACGGGGAGGAGAAGAAGGCAGAGGAGGAGGAGGAGGAGGAGGAGGAGGAGAUCACUGCCGCUACGCUGCGGGGCAAGACCCGGCCUCCGCCCAUCUCGGCGCUGUCCUCCUUCAGCUACAUCCCUCCACGGCGCCUGGACCCCAAAGAGCACAGCUACUACUACCGCCAGGGCAAGACAGGAGUUAUUUCCCUCUAUGACUGUGUCUUUAAGAGGAGGUUAGAUUAUAAUCAGAAGUUGCACCGAGAUGACAGAGAACAUGCGAAAAGCCUGGGACUUCAUGUUAAUGAAGAGGAGCAGGAGAGGCCAGUGGGAGUGCUGACGUCCUCUGUCUACGGGAAGCGCAUCCAUCAGCCCAUCGAGCCGCUGAGCCGCGACCACCGCCGCGCCAACCACCUGCGCGCUGACUUCUACCGGAAGAACGACAUCCCCAGCCUCCGGGCGCCCAGCUUCGGGCACAUCGCUCCGGCCUGAAGCGAUCCCGGGCCCGAGGGCGUGUCUGU